AUGAUCGUGGGUCGCGUGCGAACUAGCCGCCUUGACGACGCUCCGUAACUGUUCUACGAAAUGCCCGUGAGAGAUGCAAUUUGCUGGAACAUGAUGAUCAAAGGCUGCCUAGACUGCGGGGACUUGACGGCGGCGGAAGAGCUUUUUGAUGAAAUGCCCGAACCACGUGUUGUUUUGUUGACGACGAUGAUAGAUGGGUUCUUUCGAUUUGGACAGGUUGAGCGGGCUGGGGUAUUUUUUAGAUAGAUGCCCAUAAGAGAUCUCACUGCGUCGAAUACGAUGCUUCAUGGGUAUUGUGAGAAUGCGAGGGUGAACGAUGCUGUGAAAUUGUUUGAGCAAAUGCCAUCUCGGAAUGUGAUUUCAUGGACUUCAAUGAUUGGUGGGCUUGACCAAAACGGUAAGAAAGAAGCUUUAAUUGUAUUUGAGAGAAUGUUCAAGUCUGGUGUUGUGCCCAAUCCGAGUACUUUGACGUGUGCAUUGAGUGCCUGUGCAAAUGCAUUGUCUUUGCCUCUUGGUGUGCAGAUUCAUGGUCAUGCUUUCAAGUCAGGAUUUUGCCUUAGCGUAUUUGUACGUGCUUCUCUUAUCACGUUCUACGCUAACUGCAAGUGGAUUGAGAAAGCAACCCAAGUCUUCAAUGAAGCAGUGCAUAGGAAUGUGGUCAUAUGUACGGCUAUUCUAAUUGGUUAUGGCUUGAAUAGUAGGCAUGAAGAUGGCCUGGAGGUGUUCAGUGACAUGAUGAGAACAAGUGUUCUUCCUAAUCAAUCUUCUUUUGUAAGCGCUUUAAAUUCUUGCUGUAGUUUAGAGUCUCUAGAUUGAGGUAAGGAGGUCCAUGCGUCAACUGUAAAGUUGCAAUUGGGAAGUGAUGUAUUUGUUGGCAAUUCUCUUGUAGUGAUGUAUAAUAAGGGUGGAGCCGUUGAUGAUGCUGUUGUACCGUUCAAAAGACUCAGGGAGAAGAACAUUGUCACCUAGAAUGCCACUACUUGCGGUUGUGCACAACAUGGCCAAGGGAUGUGGGCUAUGGAGUUGUUUAGCCAAAUGAUAUACCGACUGGUACAACUAGACGAGAUCACACUUCAUGUAAUUACCUAUAGGCCCAAAUCAUAG